GCUAACAAAAUACAAAUUUGAGAGCACCACGGUCGGGUCAAUGGAGAGGGAAAUCGAAUAUAAAAAGGCCCACCAGUCCUGCAGUCAGCAUUCGAUCCUCAGCAGAAGGAAAAAUCAAUCAACAACCAUGAAGGUGCUCGCUAUUGUUGCUUUGUUGGUGGCCGUUGCCGUGGCCGAAGAAAUGAUGGCAGCUGAAUCUUACCCAGUUGCCUCCUACCACCACGGACCCUCCCUCGCCGCCUCUUCCCAAGGACACGCCUAUGGAGCUCACGGUGCCCGAAGCCACGGAUAUGGUGCUCAUGGACAGUCCCACUAUGGAGACCACGGACGUUAUGCCGACAGAUGCCGCCCACGGACACCACAACGUUGGUGGAUAUGGUGCUCAUGAUGCUUAUGGUGCCCAUGCUUCCAAAUACGGCAAAUACCGUAAUGUUGGUGCCUACGCUCAGGACAAGGGUGCCGGAUACGAAAAGGCAUACGCUUACGACAAGAAGGCCGGCCACCACGCCAUCCUUGCCGACCAUGGUGCUAAAUCCGGACACUACGGAGUCCACGACAGGAACGCACACCACAAUGUAGGAGCCUACGCUCGUGCCGGACACGACCGUCAUGGAGCUCACAGCAAGUACGGAGGUGCUGCUCACGGAGUCCACGCCCACGCUAACUCUGCUUACGGACGUUAUGGACAGGGACACGCCCAGAUGGUCCACCAUGCCCCAGCUGUCUACCAGGUCCACCAUGCCGCCCCCGUCUACCAAGCCGCCCCCGUCCAUCAUGGAUACAGCCGAUAUUAGAUUAAUAAAUUAAGUGACCUUAGAAUAGACCCUUUGAUGACGCACACAGAACACUUCCUCGUCGUUGUUGAUAAUGAUGAAACCUUCUGUUGUUAAAUUUAUUUAUUGAAAGCAUUUGUGUUUGUCCUUUAAUAAAUAUUUAAAAAAGAUCAA